UACUCUUUUGCCAUUUGUUGCUGAAAGGUUGCAUUUAACAGUUGAAUUGAUUGAAUUUAAAUUCUGAUUUACAUCUUUAAGGACUAUUUGUUUAUAUCUUGGAAAUUUAAUUUAUAUCACCCUGUUAAUUGUUGUUUAAAUAAGGACUACCUGUAAAUGAAUGAGUGAAUAUUGAUUUGUGAAGGCUAUUUACCUGUGUGUUAUAUAAUCUUCAACUAUUUACUCUCACCGUAUUGCUACUUUUCUCAUCACUCAUCUCCACCUUUGUCACUAACUAUAAUCCUGUGAGAAUUUGCUUUUUCUAUUUCUCGUGAUUAUUCUCAUUCACAUUGGUGAGCAACGAUUAAGAAAAGGUGAAAAGAUGAUCGAGCUUGAGGAAAAAUUGAAAAAAGCUUUGAUAACUAAUUCUCAGCUUGACAAUGAAAAGAACACCUACUCGUAUCAAGUGGAAUUACUUAAAGAUGAUCUGGAAGAGUUACAAGAAAAUUACUACCGGUUACAACGUGAAUUGAAGGAAAAGUCUAGGGUAUAUGAUCUGCUGAGUCGCGAUUACAAAGAACUCAAGGAUAGGCAUAAAUAUCUUGAGGAAUGCAUCAAACAAAGGGACAGUUUAAUUGAGGAGCGAGGUUUAGUCUUUGUUGAAGGAUCCAACCUGUUGGCUCCCUUAUCAACACCCCGUGAUUCACUUAGUGACACCAGUGAAAAAAGGGUUAAUGGUGAAACCGGUGAAAGUUCAUUUUCAAGCUCAAGAGAUGAACCUCGAAAGUUAGGGGCAACUUUAAUUUCAAGAGAAGUUGCUGAAUUAUUCGAUUCUAUAGAAGGAGCUUCUCUGGAGGAGAAACUGAGAACCAUAGCUCAAGAAAAGAUUGAAUUAGUUCAAGAAAUUGAACAAUUAAAAAGAGACCUGGAAGACGAGAAACAGAAAAGUUUACAACUCCAAGGAAUAUGUCAAAUGUAUAGCAAUCAUUCUGUGAAUGGCUCCGAGAGUGAGCUAGUCGAAGCUCAAAGUAAGGAAAUCGAAAGAGAGAAUAACAAACUGCUUUAUGAAUACAAAUUUAAACUGAAAAAAGCCGAACAAGAAAUCAUUACCUUGCAAAACACUGUUUCCCGAGUUGAAAUGCAAGUAGAAAGGUACAAAAAACAGCUUGAACAGGCUGAAAAAUCUGAAGAUGAAUUGAAAACUGACAAAAGAAAAAUUCUCAGAGAGUUCCGAGAGGCUCAAGCAAGAAUUGAAGAACUGGAGACAUCAAAUGCACAUUUACAAAAGCGUAUCGAUAAACUUAAAAAUAAUCGCAUUGCUGUGAUUAAUUCGUGAUCAAGCACUCGUUACCUUUCCUUUUUCAUAAAAUUUAUCUCCAUCCCUACUAUUUUCUUCCUCUUUCAAUUUCCUUUUCUUGUUCCAUCCUUUCUUUUCUGGCUAGUUCAAUUUCUAUCUCCAUAGUCAAAUAUAAUGAUAUAUAUCUUUCUGAUAAUUGCUGACUCCGGAGACAAAGAAAAAAGACGAUGCAGAUACAAACAAGAAGGAAGGAUAUAACAAAAGAAAAAAGAAUCCUAGAAAUAUCUGUGAAUUAAUGUGAAUUUUUGUGAAUACAUCUGAUUAUACUGAAACAGUCUUCACCAUCUAAUAAUCUUUGAAUUUAAACAAACGAAGGAUGGAGAAGAAACAGCCAACAAAACCAAUAACACCAGCGAAGGAGAAAAUCUUAUACAAAUACAGAUUGUGAAUUACUCCAUCAUCAAUUUUAUUUCAUCAAAACAACAAAGCAAAAAACCAUUACUCGUUGGAAAAAAAGAAUCAACAAAAAGAUCAAGAAAGCGUUACAACCUUAAUUUUUUGUCUCUUUAUCCAUUUUUUUCUAAUCUGAUUCAAUCUUCCUAACCUUUCCUUUCCUCUUGUCAAGAGACUGUGAUCAAACGACAAGACUUUGGCCCUCAGCAGACAAGAUUGCAGAAUAAAUCUCUAAAUUGUGCCAAAAAUAACGGCUAAAGGCUUAAAAA